AUGGACAAUGAAAUAGAUGAUGAUGAAUUAGCAGCAAUGCUUGCUGAAGAUGAGCAAGAAGAUAAUGAAGAGAAGAAAGAUGAACAAUCUAUAAUACCAUUAUCAUUUGUUGAACAAGCAGAAACAAUGACACCUGAUCAAUUAAUUGAAUUAACAUAUUCACUUGUUGAUCAAACCGAAGAUACUAAAAAAACUCCGACAUACAAACUUUCUGAUACUGAUAUGGGUGUAUUAUUUGGAACGGAAAAAUCAAAUUCAUUAGUAGUAUUAAAAAAACCACAAUCUUCUGCAAGUACUACUUUAUCCACAGUAUCAAAAACACAAUCAACUAUAACACCUUCAGUUUAUACUGAACCAACAACACAUAUUCGUAUCGGUACACUUAAUUAUACACCAAGUGAAAUAAAAACUAAAAUAACAUUAACAAAAUUUAUUCGUUUAUCUGAAAUUGAUAAACAACCUCCACCAAUGCCUGCAGAAUGGUGUACUAUGGCUGUAUUAGCUCAUAAAUCUGAUGUUAAACAAGCAAGUAAUGGUUCAACAUAUAGUAUUUGGCGUAUAACAGAUUUUAAAACAACAAUAAAUAUGUUUUUAUUUGGUGAUGCACAUCAAACUUUAUGGAAAACAACAUUAUCGAGUGUUUUACUUGUUUAUGAUGGUGACACAAAAAAAUCUGGACAAUUAUCAAUAAAACAAGAACGUAAUCUUUCAAUUCUUGGUUCAAAUCCUGAUUUAGGACAAUGUAAAGCUAAAACAAAAUCCGGUGAACAAUGUAAAAUAUUAAUUGAUCGACAUUCCUGUGAAUAUUGUGUUACACAUGCUCAUCAAAUACAUAAAAGUGGUCAAAAAAAUAAUUAUAAUAAUAAUAAUAAAUUUAAUGCUGGAAAUUCGUCAAGAAUGAAUUUACAAAGUACAGGUUCAUUUGUACCAAAAAAAUUCGCUUCACUUGGUAGUAGUACCGAUGGUGGUGGUGGUGGGGGUAAUUCAUCAUGGUCAUCGAAAUCAACAGGAAGAAAGACAAAGGAAUCUGCACAAUUAGCCGGAAAUGGACUUAAUACUAAAGAAAAAUCAAUGCUUGUUAUGUUAGGUAUUGAAGAUGAUCCACAAAUAUGUAUACGAAGUGAUGAAACAAAAGGUUUAGCUGAUUCAAUGGCUGAUGUUCGUGACCUUUAUCAUGCUAAACAAGCAGCUAGUAAAACAAAAAGAAUUAAAUAUGAUGAAACAAAACAUAGAGAUGAAGUUGAUAUGUCACAAAUUCGUUCAUAUCCAAUGGCUGCAUCGAAAUCACCUGAACAUCAGAAAGAAAUAAUUUCUACGCCUAUUAUUAACAAGGUUUCGUCACCUAAACUAUUUGUUGAUUUAACUAAAUCAGCAAGUUCUGAAGCAAUCAAUAGUGCUAAACAACGUGCAAUUGAUAUACUUAAACAACGUCUUGCACAAAAACAGAUUACACCAAAAACAGAUCAAUCAUUAGUAUCUGCUGAUAUAACUUCUCCUUCGUCUAAACGAUUAAAUAAUGAUUCGGAUGUAAAUCUUUCAUCGAAACGUCUUAAAGUAUCAAAUAAUGCCGAUGAUCAAAAACGUUUUGCUGAUGUAAUGAAUAUGAAAUCUUCCUAUGCUGAAUUAUAUAGUCAAAUGACAUUGGAUGAAAUAUUUGAACGUUAUAAAAAGAAAGAAAAUAUUGAAGAAAAACUUCUUGAAAUAAUGGAACGUGAUAUAAAAGUUGUUGUUUGUCGACAAUGUCAUUAUACAGCAUAUAAACAAUCGGUAAUAUGUAAACAAAAACAACAUUAUGUUAAAAUAUGUGAAGUAAAACAAAAAUUUUUUGAAUGUAUUGAAUGUCAUAAACGUAUAUUUACUUGGUCACAAUAUCCAGUAGAAAAUUGUACAAAUUGUCGUAGUUUAAAAGGUUUUCGUCGUACAGCUUUAAUUCGUGAACGUCAUGGAGCAAAAUUUGAAGAUGAAAUUUUAUUAUUGCGUGGUGAAGAAGAAAAAUUUCUUAAUUCAUUUGUUACUUAUGAAAAAUUACCUAGUGUUGUCGAUUAA